GUGUUCACCGGUCUAGGUUAUAAACACUGUACAAUAUAUAUAUACAGCUGAUCAUAACAAACUGAAACUCGUAUCUAAGUGCACGACCAGGAAGUGACUGUGUCCUAGCAGGCAAAUUGUAGGUCCAUGAAAUACGUCUGUUUGACAAAGGUUGACUUUUAUUAAUCUGAUAACGGUUUAUGCUGUAGAUCGAUGGAGAGCAAACAGGAAGCAACGGAUGCACGUUGCUCUUGAUUCAUUCUCUGAUCUACGUCUACACGAACAUCGACAAGUGAAGUAGAUACAGUCAUUGUAUAUUUGAAGGUUACCCUUAUGUACCUACAGGAUAUGCAAUUAUCGAUAAACAAAUAAAAAGCUGUGGAUAUUUGAGAUUGACAUGAAGAUGCAAUACAAAUCUGUAUUAUUUUGGUUUUUGAUUGUUGCCACUUUGUGGCAUAAUAUCAGAGGACUUACUGAUUUAUAUUUUCCUCCAAACACAACAGAGUCUUUACCACUUAGUACUGUUGUCACGGCUUCUUCGACUUGCCAAUCAAGUGGAACCAACUAUAGUUGUAACUACUGUACUACUCGUACCAACUGGCCAACCCAUAGUGAGAUCUUAAAGGAUUUAGACUCUGGCUCCACAGGAUGCUCAACCUCUGUACAUGUGAAUGAAGUUACACCAGUACCUACCGACCAUGGAGUUCUCAUCAUUGACAAGAACUCGACAAAUUGUAGCUUUUCAAAGCCUGUUGCUGAUGUCAAAGACAAAGGAUAUACAUUAUCCUUCUGGUUGAAAUACAUCUGUGAUGAUUGCCAACUGUUUACAUUUAGUUCUGGAGGAACCACUGUAAAUCUGAGGAUUUCUGGUGACGGAAGGACUAUGGCUUUCCAACAUGGUGUUGAUGGCCUCUCCAUCGACAUUAACAGUAACAGCAGAACGUGGAAACAUUUUGCACUGAGAUUUUUUGAGUCUACUCUGGAUUUUCACCUUGAUGGCAAACACCGGAACAACUUUACAAAUCCUUGGUUUCCAUCCUUCAAUGUAAAUAGCACCAUUGAAUUUCACAAUUAUUCCCUAGGUAAUUCUGCUGAUGAAGUUAUCAUCCUAGACUUUCGUUACUACAAUGAAGCCCUUACAGACAGGGAGAUUGAAUAUCUGUUCAAUAAGUCUUCUAUCCUGGACCUUACCAAGCCCCCUUUAAAUUGUCGCUGCUCCCCUACACACCCAACUCUUCAGGAUCCCAGGGCCAAAGAGGACCUGUUAUGUACCAAUAGAGCCUCGGGCAACACUGUGCCACUACUAGAGAUGGAUGCACACCUGCCAGUAUUUACCAUUGACAACAACCCAGCAACAAGCUGGGUAACAGAGCCGACUAAGCAAGCGUGGAUUUUGCUUACAAUGGAUCAAAUAUAUCAGGUAGAUACAUCAUACGAAGUUUCCCUUGUUAGCAAUUCAGACAAAAUUAUACAGUUAUUCCACUUUUUGGAGGAACAACCUGCUGGAAGUUUUGAAUGUAGAUUCAACAGUUUUACAAGCUGUCUUUUAUUUUUGUCUUGUCUCUCAUUUUAAGAAAGCUUUGAGUCAUUUACAGAAAACUUGUUUAGCUUAACCUGCCCAAAGGCACGA